AUGUUAUUUUAUUUGAUUUUUCUCUUUACAUUUCCUUCGUUAUCCGUAGUGCGAACUACGAAGGCGCUAGGGGGGUUGGUUCCUAUUUUAGACUGUGGCUGCUCAACGCACAAGUCAGCAUAUAUCAAGGCUUCUUCCCCGUGGAGUAUAAGUCGAUGGCUUCAUGAAAUCAUACACGCGGAGCAAGGCACCGUGUUGGUUGACUCUGACGGCGGCAAAUGUCAAUGCUCCCGGUCUAAUGAUACUAUCGUCGUCCUGAAGGAUAUCCGACCUGACCCAACCAGUGAGGAGCGCAGAUUGACUCCAGUGUACCACCAGAUUUUCCGGGCUAGAUCUGUUGAAAAGGCCUCGUGUUUGCUUCUUCAAUUUCCAAUCCCAUGUGUCUACCGAAAUCACAACAGAUCUCCAGAAAAUGCCUCAAUACCUGCAGUCUCAUCCUCGACGGAUCAGGAUACUGAUGAGAACCAUGGUUGGACGUGCGAGUUACCCCGACUCUUUCCGGUCGCGCAGUUCUCUCUCAAAGCGAGAUCCGAUCGUAUCUCGGACACCCAAGCGUUGGCUGAGCAAUCGCCAUCCCAAAAUCAAGGAUGA